AUGGCGUUUGUGGUCAUCAGCUGCGCCAUGAGCCCAUGGGUGUUCAACACGGGCAUCUUCUGGCUCACCCUGCUGCCGACAUCGAUCCUGCUGGGAGCGUCUGUGCUCACGGAGCUUGUCAUGACGGGUAUCCGGGUGUCGAUUGGGCUGCUAAUGAGCGCGAGGUGCUUGGACCUGGGCACGCUGCUCAGACUGGUCCCCGCCAUCCACGACGUGGUGUCGGUAAUGUACAUGAUCACUCCCUCGGUGUUCGCCCAGGCCGGCGUCAUCUUUACGGUUUUCCACCUGUACUGCUACCUAGGGAUGGCCUUGUACGGCGGGGUGGUCACCCCUGGUGCUGAUUUCGGGGACACGCCGUUCGCCAACUCUCCGUACUACUACGAGAACAACUUCAACUCCUACCCCGAGGGACUGGUGACUCUGUUCGAGCUCUUGGUAGUCAACAACUGGAACAUGAUCAUCACCGGCUACGUGCACGCCUCGCCGCUCGGCUCGUGGACCUACCUCUACUUCCUGAGUUUCAUCACCCUGGCGGUUACCCUGGCCCUCAACGUGCUGACGGCCAUCUUCAUGACCGCCUUUACGACAGCGGCAAAGGCUAACACACCGAGCGUCCGCGGCGGGGGCGCCCUCAGCCAAAGGUCCCGGUCGGAGAACAUCGACGAGAUGGACGAUGACUUGGGAGCGAUAUUGGCUGCCUACGACGUAGGGGGAGGACCAGCCGCCACCGCGGGUGUGGGUAGCAGCAGCGGCAGCGCUGCUGAGGCUGGCGGAGGCGGCGACGGCGGCAGGGACGGCAGUUACGGCCUAUUCAGCCUUAGGUUCAGGUCCGGUCUACUCGGGAGAAGCAACAAGGGCUCCAGCUCUAGCGCCGGAGGGGAUGGGGGUAACGGAGCGUUGUCAGCGAGCGGAGAAAUGCCGCCCCCGCCCACGCGACCCCCAUCCGCGCAAGCAGCCAAGGACGCCGCCCCCGGCUCGGAAGCAUCAAACACGGCCGACAUGGCCGCCGCCACCUCGCCGGCGGUGAGGUUCCCGGACCCCUUCCAGCAACCGCAGCAGCAGUCGGGGAGGCUGUCGGGGUUGCCGGAGAACGAGGAAGUGGUGCCGGAAUCGCCAGGAGCGAGCUUGGAGGGAGCCAGGGACUUGGACCUAGGGUGGGGCAAGGGCGGCGCGGAGCCCCCGGAGCCGCCGCAGGGGGUCGCGGGUCACGGCGGGCGCACGCGAUGGGGCAGCGGGCACUACUACAAGGCAGGCCGGAGAAAUAGCUAUUCGGACCGGGACAUGUUCGAGGGUAGAGAGGAUGAGGAGGACGUGCCCAUGAAGAUCCUCGGCGCUAUCUCCAUCGGCCUGGGCAACACCAUGGGCAUCCGGGCGUGCAUGCUGAGGUACAAGGAGCUUCGCCCUCGGGGGGGCAAGACCGCGGGGGGGAUGGAGUGGCACGGCAACGAGGGGGACUCAAGCGGCGAAGAUGAGGCGAGAGUCGGUCGUCCCCACUCCCUAAGGACACCAGAGAAGUGGUUGUCGUUGGAACACCCCGAGUCGCACCUCAUGUUUGAGAGCAGCGGUUUUCGGAGGAUGGUUGCGCCGCACCUGCCGCUAAAGCCGGGCGCCAAGGCGCUGGGGCUUGCGAAAGACGACGAGGGCUGGGAGGCGAUGGCCAUGAGGGAUGAGCUGACGGACGUGAUGCUCCAUAGCGCCUUCGGAGAAGUGAUCGCCAAAGAGGUGCGUGGAAGAAUUCAGUAG